UUCAUUUUCUGUUCCACUCUUCUUCCACUCCACUGAGAAGUUCGAGCUUCGUCUUGCGUUCAGAUGUCCGCUGAAUCCUCACCUUGAAUUUCAAUUUCGUUUCGAUCGGAACUCCAGAGCUCAACAAUGUCGAAACAUGUAUCUGCUUCAAAGAACGCUCAACCGGAGGCUGACGAGAAUGAACUCGGAACUUCGCCCAGUGCACUUCAUUUCCCACCUCCUAGAACACCUUUCAAUAUCAUUGCAGAUCCAGCUCAGUUCCAGAAAGAAUUUCACGAUUCUGUGUUUGAUUCAAACUUCAAGCUCCAAUCCACCAAAGCCGAUUGGUUUUCUGAUAGAAAAUCUGAUGUUUCGCUUAAGGUUAAUUGGAAAACAGGUACCAACAAUGGGACGCCAAGGUUUUCAGCUCAAGGUCGGAGGGUUAGCUCUGAGCCUAGCUCAACUCAGAGUACUCCUGCAAAGAGUUCUUCGAGAGUUUCGUUUGGUGGAGUCGCUACUGGUAGUAAAGCUCCUCAGCUCGGCGAUGGCAGGGCAGGAUGUUCCUCUAGGCUUUUCAGAAGGAUAGCGAUUCCGGAUACAGAGUUACCGGUCGACGUUCCUCAUUUCGACCUUGAGGAAGAUCCAUCUUUCUGGAAGGAUCACAACGUGCAGGUAAUGAUACGUAUUCGACCUUUGAAUACUACGGAGAGAGACUCUCAAGGUUAUGGUCGAUGCCUGCGACAGGAAUCCGCAAAAACUCUGGUGUGGCUUGGUCACCCCGAAACCAGAUUCACCUUCGAUCAUAUAGCUUGCGAAACAAUAUCGCAGGAAAACCUUUUCAAGGUUGCUGGACAGCCAAUGGUGGAGAAUUGUUUGUCUGGUUAUAAUAGCUGUAUGUUUGCUUAUGGCCAGACUGGUAGUGGCAAAACAUAUACCAUGAUGGGUGGAAUAUACGAGGUGGAGGGCAAGCUCAACGAAGAUUGUGGACUAACAUUACGCAUUUUUGAGCAUUUGUUUACAAGAAUUGGAAUGGAGGAAAAGUGCAAGCAGGACGUCAAAUUGAAGUACAGCUGCAAAUGUUCCUUUCUAGAAAUUUACAAUGAGCAAAUAACUGACCUCCUGGAACCUUCAUCAACUAAUUUGCAAAUCAGAGAAGACUCGAAGAAAGGAGUAUAUGUAGAUAAUCUCACAGAACACAGCGUCUCAUCUUUAAAUGAUGUCGUCGAGCUUCUCUUACAGGGUGUGGCAAAUAGAAAGAUGGCUGCCACAUAUAUGAACAGUGAGAGUAGCCGCUCCCACAGUGUUCUUACUUGUAUAAUUGAAAGUCAUUGGGAGAAAGAUUCCAAAACUCACUUUAGAUUUGCGAGGUUAAAUUUAGUGGACCUAGCUGGUUCUGAAAGGCAGAAAAGUUCUGGUGCAGAAGGGGAUCGCCUGAAAGAAGCUGCAAAUAUAAACAAGUCAUUAUCAACUCUUGGCUUGGUGAUUAUGUCAUUAGUGGAUUUGGCUCAUGGGAAACCUAGACAUAUUCCUUACAGAGAUUCAAGGUUGACAUUCCUACUUCAGGAUUCUUUGGGUGGAAACUCAAAAACAACUGUUAUUGCUAAUGUCAGCCCAUCAUUUUGCUCAGCCAAUGAAACAGGAAGCACUCUUAAAUUUGCACAGCGUGCCAAACAGAUUCAGAAUAAUGCAAAAGUUAACGAGUGUGCUUCAGGUGAUGAAACUGCACUCCAAAGGCAAAUCUUACACUUGAAGGGUCAGUUGUCCUUUCUACUGAAGCACAGUAAUUUUCCAAGGUCUAUACUGAGUAGCGUUCCAAGACUUGAAGAGUCUGGCGUAAGUGCUCUGUUUGAAGGCUACGAAGCAUUAGGAGGUAGAAUGCAAACCGAAAAUCCUAAGAAACGCAUGGAGGCUUCCUUAACUGGUGCAUUAAGGAGGGAAGAGGUGGCAAAUACUACAAUUCAAAAGCUUGAGUUUGAAUUUGAACACAUGAAGCGCUUGGCUUUCCAACUAGAGGAGGAUGGUCAACGUACUAAAAUGUUGUUGAAGUUUCGUGAGGAGAAAAUCAGACAACUUGAAUUGUUUAUAGGUGGGAUGCUGUCCGCUGACGAAUAUCUUUUGGAGGAAAACAAGGCCUUAGCAGUAGAGAUUAAGAUGCUUCAAGCAAAGAUUAACAGAAAUCCAGAAUUGACAAGAGUCUCUUUAGAGAAUUCUAAACUCACUGAGCAACUUCAAGUGUAUCAAAAUUUUUAUGAGCUUGGAGAGCGUGAAGCAUUGCUAACUGAAGUUGCAGAAUUACGCAACGAGCUUCUGGUUGCUCUGGGAAAAAACUCAGCCAUAUCUGAAAGAGAUAAAUAUCAGGAUGAAACAAUGUCCAUCAAGAGUUAUACCCAAGAUGACACGCUAUCUCAUAUUACAGGAAGUGACGAGAACUUGGAAAAUGCAAUAGGUCAAGGUUCAGAUAAUGAAUUCAACGCAAAGUCCAUAAGUUCUCAGAGAGAUCUGAUCGAUGCAAAAAUGUUGGCUCAAACAAUGGAUUCAGAGAACAAUAUGCAAGGUCAGAAUCAUGGAUGCAAGCAGGUCAAACACUGCAUGGUGGAAAGCUUAUUUAGAAAAUGUCAAAACGAAGGGGAUGUGAUGAACCAACAUCAAGCUGUUUACAACAAAACUUUGCAAGUAAAGUUGGAAAACUUGACUAGGGAACUUGAGGAGGUUAGAUUAUCUAACAUUCAGUACCAAGACAACCAGAACCAGCAGAAACAAAUUGAAGAUGUUCGUCAACAGGUUGAGAUGGAGACAGCCAGCACAAUUAUUCAAUUACAGGAAGAGGUUGAAACCCUUCAGGUAGAACUUAAUGAUAGGUUACAUGGCUUAGCCCAGGAAAAUACACGACUAAAAGAUGCAUUGUCUGCAAAAAAUGAGGAGAUGAGGAUGCUAAGUAUUGACUGGGAAGCAGCAAUGAUAGAACUAACAAGUUUCCUUCUCGAUAGUUCUAGAUCUAUCAGAGAUGCACAUAGGCAGAUAGAAGGUAUCGCCAAUUUGUUUCCUACAGUAAAUGUUGGAAUUGGCGAACAAGUACAGCAAGCCAUUGAAGUUUGUAUCGAAAAAGAAGAAACAAUUCUAUUAUUGCAUAAAAGUCUGGAAAAUGCACGACUAAUGGUGAAAGAAAUGGAGCUGAAGUUAGAGUCACUGAAGGAAGCAGCACUCGCCUUAAAUGCAUCACAACAAAUGCAUAAUAAUGGAUGUGCUGCCGAGGCUAAACAGUUGAGCACUCAGAUGACUGACGAGAACAUCACGAUGGAGUUUCUAUUCAAAAGGCUAGUUAAGAACGAUCAGUUAAUUGGGGUAGAAAAAUCUGCUGAUGCGGCAGCCGCUGCAGUAGAAUGGUUAUCCAAUCCUCAGGAGCUGGCUUUCUGUAAUAACAUUGAGAGAGAGAUGCCCAUCUCAAAAUUGGAUUUUUCGUCUCAACGAAGCAGUCAUAUCUUUGAUGAUGUAAUGGCCAAUACAAGUGUAUUACUGUUGGAAGAACCAGAUACAGAACACAAUUUGAUACGGUUAGGUUUAACGGAGUUAAAGAACCUAACUAGUGGCAUUCAUGCAGACAUGGAAAUGCAUAUUUCAGCUCUCCAUAUCUACAUUCAAGAACUGUAUUCUGGAUAUCAAAAGUUAGUCCAGGACAUGAUGGGAGAAAUUCGUGAAUUGAGGUUAAAAGCCAAGACAACAAAUGAAAAUUGUAAGAGUCUCCAAUUCUUCAAAGAUAAAGUUGCAUCAGCACACAAAUACCGGAACAUUGAAAACCAAAAUAGUAUUUUGGAUCAAAUAAAGGCUAAAAUAUAUGAAGCAAAGAAUAGACUAAAUAUUCUUGAAGAUUCUAUUGAUAGAAAUAUAGCUGGUUGUGGAGACCAGUUUAUAGAUCAAUAUCCAGUCCAAGAAGAUGGUUGGAGUUCCGAUUGUUCUACUUCAAGCUCUGACAUUUCAACUGAGAGUGUUGCUUCAAGAGGGAAAGUUGUGGACUACAUGAAUGGUGACAUAGAAUCCACAACUUGUUUGAGAAGGGAACUGUUUAUGACGUAUGAUGCUAUCCAUAAACUAUGCAUGAAAAUAGAUACGCUCCUAUUGCAUGAUAUAGGUGGUGAUUCUUUGUCAGAAGAAAUGGACCAGGGAAAAACUCCCUCCAAAUCGAGGAUAGAAAAAGCUGAAGCAGGUUGCAAUAACACCAGCAAGGUAAUUUUGGUUGAGGAAACUAAGCAGGAAGAUGGAUUCUUUACCAAAUUUGAAGAAGCUCAAGCCGCAAUAAAGGAAGCUGAUACUAUGUUAAAUGCAUUGUUGAGAGCCAACGCAAAUGCAAAGCAACAAACCGGUAUAUUUAAGCAAGCUGGGGAGCAGUUACAGAUUGAAAGAGACAACUUGAUUGAAGAAGUUGGACAGCUCAAGUCUUUAAUGCAUAUGAAAGAUGCAGAUAAUAAAUUGCUGCACGAACAAGUUGGGUUUAAUUUGGAAGAGGUUGCAAACUCAGUAACCUCUCUUGAAUGUUGUAUUUCACAAACACAAAGGGAGGUGGAUGAGAAGUUUGGCAUAAUAUGUUGUGAUGUCAUAUCCUUUAGAGACGAGAUGGUUAAAUCUAUUAGUAACUGGAAAUCCCUUAUGGAGGAUGUCUUCUUGGAAAUAAUGGGAAGAGAAUUUACUUCAUUUGUACUCCAUCAGUGCUAUGUGAAAGAAAUUUGUUGGCAAUUUGCACACUUUAAGACAGAGCCUGCGUUUCAACUACUUAGACGGAAAAGGUGUACGGAAUCAAACAAGACUUCAGGAUCUACUUUCCUUGCUGGUAAGGACGACAUGAUGUCAAUUAGUAAGAUUGACAGAGGAAGAACCAAACUGAUCACGGGUUUGGAAGAGGCAGAUGGAGGGUUCUCCUUUGAUGACAUUUUGUAUGAGAAUUUGGCACUCAAGAAGGAAUUGAAGAGGAAGGAGGUUUUAUUAGAAGGCUUACUUUUUGACUUUAGAUUGCUGCAAGAAUCAACCUCAAAAACAAAGGAUAAGAAAGAUGAGACAGAUUAUUGUCAGAGUCAGCUCCAGCAUGAAUUGGAGAUUAAAGCAAGUCAGCUUGAUCAUGUGCUAGUUCAGCAAAGAAAACUUGAGGGGCUUCUGACUGAUACUGAAAAGGCUUUGUUCUUAUCUAAUUCCAAGCUUGAGAAGGCAAAAGAAACAAUGACUUCAAUUUCAGAACAUAAUGCACAGUUGAAGAAGCAGGUAGAAGAUCUUUAUCUCAAGAAAUCUGAGGCUGAAAAACAAUGGGAAGAGCAGCAGGAUGUAGUUAAUAGGCUAGAGGAUGAAAUAAUCCGUCUUACUUCACUGGAAAAGAAAUCACUUCUAUCAGUUGAAGAUAUUGAGAACGAAUUGAGUAGAGUCGUUAGUGAGAGAGACCAACUCCAUGAACAAGUCUGCUUUUUGACUGACAAGCUUGACAUAGCCUAUGCAUUGGCCGAUGAAAAGGAAGCUGUUGCUUCAGAAGCACGCCAGGAAUCGGAGGCCAGUAAAUUGUAUGCUGAACAGAAGGAAGAGGAGGUAAAGAUUUUAGAGCACUCUGUUGAAGAGCUUGAGAGUACCAUAAAUAUGUUGGAAACAAAGGUACAAGAGAUGGAUGAGGAGGUUGAGAAAAAUCGUACAUUAAGAGAAUCACUAGAAUUGGAGAAACAAAUCUUUAGACAGAGAUUAUUAACUGUAGAAAAUUCCUCUGAAGUUGACUCUGGAGAUGAAAUUGUUGAGCAUGCUGAAGAGCAACCCAGGCGACCGGGUGGUGUGCUUGUAGAACUGCUCGAGGCACAAAGUAGAAUAAAAAUUCUUGAAGAGGAAAGGGCAGAACAAGACAAAGAGAUCAAACGGCACAAAGAAUACAUCUCCGAGCUUGUAUUGCAUGCUGAUGCCCAGGCAAUGAAAUACCAACAGAAGUACACAAAUCUGGAAGUAAUGGUUCGGGAUGCAAGCAAAGAUCAUUCAAAUCUAAUGACUGCACCAACAUUAGAUAAAGUUGACAAAAGUUCAGCUAGACCGAGGGGUUCGAGUUCACCAUUCAGAUGCAUUUCAAACUUGGUGCAUCAGAUGAACGUGGAGAAGGAGCAUGAGCUGUCAACAGCAAGGCUUCGUAUAGAGGAGCUUGAGGGACUGGCAACUAGUCGGCAGAAAGAGAUAUGCAUACUGAAUGCUAGGCUGGCAGCAGCGGAAAGUAUGACUCAUGAUGUUAUUCGAGAUUUACUUGGUGUCAAAUUGGACUUGACUAAAUAUGCUAACUUUUUAGACCAAUACGAAGUUCAGAAAAUGGUUACCGAGGCUCAUCUACUGUCACAACAAUUCCGGGAAAAGGAACAAGAGGUUCAUGACUUGAGGACACAAAUUAAUGACUUAAGUGAGGAAAGAGAAUGUUACAAAUCUGUACUAAGCAAGAAGGAAGCUGAAGCACUCGCUACUCAAAUAGCUUGUGAGAAACUACGAGAGCGGGAUCACUUGCUUUCUGUACAGAAUGGGAUACUGAAGAUGGAAAACAAAAAUCUAAAGAGGAAGAUUGUUGAGCUGGAUGGAAAGACGAACACACUUCAUCAAACACGAAGUAGCCAACAGGAAAGACAUCAUGCAUUUCUAAACAAGGUGCAGGAUGAUGAGUUAACCAAGAGGUUGGCUCACUCAAAAAUGCUUCUCUCCCGCGUGAAUGAUGAAAUCGCUCGUUUCCGUAUUCCUAAUGGCAGUUCUUCACAUCACCGAAGUGGAGGCUCUGGGAAAGAGAUAUCUCAUGGCUGAUCCAUUUGGAGUAUAAAGGCAACAAGAGACAUAAGGCUUGCUUUGGUCUGGUUGGUACAUAUAGUCAGUACCAAUGAUGGUACACUUUGUAAAUGGUAGCUCGAAGUUCCACGUUCCUGUUUGCAAGUUUUCCUAAUGUUCUACAGCGGCGAGGACAGGGCAACAGUGCUUCAAAUCCAACUGAAAUAGCAAAGCCUGGCACUGCAGAUUUCAAGUAAGCCUUGCAUUUUGGGAGUUUAAUUCGAUUGUCAUGUCAAUAAAUGCAUUAUUUGAACUUCAGUUCAGUUCUUGGUUGAACAUUUUCAUUGGUGGCUGUAAUUUUCAUGUAUUCAAUUGAUUGAGUUAAAAUGAGUUCAACAAAUAUAUUGUAUUUUAAACCUCGUUUUAGAUUCUGUGAUUUAAAUAGUGAGAGUUGGAACGAUGUUUUUAUAU